UGGCCGUUUGGGGGAUCCUCUUCGUUUCGGGCUCCCCGGUCAGGCGGCCCGGCCCGCCGGACUUCCCCUGGCGCCUCGAGGCUCCCGCCCCGGCAGCGGAGCCCCCCACCCCGAAGUGCGCACACGCGCGCCGCCCGAGAGAACGCGCUCCGGCCGGUACAUCUAAGGACUGGUUUUAAGGGACGUGGCUGGAGGUUUUGGACUCGAUGAGUUUCCACCGAAAUGUCGGAGAAGUCAGGCCAGAGCACAAAAGCAAAGGAUGGGAAGAAGUAUGCGACACUAAGUUUGUUUAAUACGUACAAGGGGAAAUCCUUAGAGACCCAGAAAACCACCGUUGCAGCUCGACAUGGGUUACAGAGUCUUGGGAAAGUGGGUGUCUCACGGCGAAUGCCUCCACCUGCCAACCUGCCGAGCCUCAAAGCAGAAAACAAAGGCAAUGACCCAAAUGUGAACAUUGUUCCGAAAGAUGGCACUGGGUGGGCAUCAAAGCAGGAGCAGCAUGAAGAAGAAAAAACACCAGAAGCUCCACCAGCACAGCCAAAACCUGGGGUUGCAGCUCCCCCAGAAGUAGCGCCUGCUCCAAAAUCAUGGGCCAGUAACAAGCAAGGUGGGCAAGGAGAUGGAAUCCAGGUGAAUAGUCAUUUUCAGCAGGAAUUUCCCAGCCUUCAGGCAGCUGGGGAUCAGGAGAAAAAAGAGAAAGAAGCGAGUGAUGACAACUAUGGACCUGGCCCCAGUCUGCGCCCACCAAAUGUUACUUGUUGGAGGGACGGUGGUAAGUCUGCUGGCCCACCUUCAGCAUCUGAUCAAGAUGAAAAACUCACUGGCCAGGAGGAAAGUCUGUCUGGGCCUUCAGAACAAAGUGACAUCCUCAAAGUGGUGGAGAAGAGGAUUGCCUGCGGCCCUCCACAGGCCAAGCUUAAUGGUCAGCAGACUGGUUUGGCCCAGCACCGCGCUGCGCUGCCGCCCUAUGGAAGCCUGAUGUUUCAGCAGUAUCCAAAGAUGGCAUAUCCUCCACUCCAUGGUUCUUUGAGGUUCCCACCAUCUCUGUCUGAUGCAAACAAGAGCAUUCGAGGAAGAGGCCCACCUCCCUCCUGGGCUGUGGAGCCUGAGCGCCCAUCCAUCCUCAGUGCCUCUGAGUUGAAGGAGCUUGAUAAAUUUGACAACCUGGAUGCCGAGGCUGACGAGGGCUGGGCAGGUGCUCAGAUGGAAGUAGAUUACACAGAGCAGCUGAAUUUCAGUGAUGAUGACGAGCAAGGAAGCAGUAGCCCUAAGGAGAGUGGCAGUGAGGAACAAGGUUCAAAGGCUUCUGAAAACAGUGAAAGCCAGAAAGAAGCAGAUGAAACGUCUAAUACGAAAGCAUCUUCUCAAGCACUUGCUCAGCCUUCAGUAACAAAAGGUCCUCCUGGGAAAGGCCCUCCAUUCACUCAGGAGCGUGGUUCCUCGUCACACCUGUCACCGCCUCCCAAGUUGCUUGCACAGCAGCAUCCUCCUCCUCCAGACCGGCAGGCCGGACCCGGAAGGCCAGGUCCUUACCCCUCCAAGCAGCAAGUACCUGGUGAAGAUGAAAUAUGGAAACAAAGAAGACGACAACAGUCAGAACUCUCUGCAGCUGUAGAGCGUGCUCGGAAACGCCGCGAGGAGGAAGAGCGGAGGAUGGAAGAACAGCGGAAGGCGGCUUGUGCUGAGAAACUGAAGCGGCUAGAUGAAAAGCUGGGCAUUGUGGACAAGCAGCUGUCCUCAGAGGGGAUCCGGGACAGGGAACGGGACAAAGAACUGGAGAGGCAGCGAGAGAAGGAGCGGGAAAGGCAGCAGCAGGAGAAGGAGAAGGAACUGGAGAGGGAACAGGAAAGACAGCGGGAAGUAGAGAAGGAAAAAAGGCAAGAAAAAGAGAAAGAGUUUGAACAGCAGGAAAAGGAAAAAGAAGUGCAAAAAACAAAAGAACCGGAAAAGGAAUGUGAGUUGGAGAAGCAAAGGGAGGGCAUAGAGGAAAUAACUGAACAAAAAGAACUCACUUUGGAACCUACAGUAGAAAAAUCAGAAAAUGAGAACAACUGUAAAAAAGAGGAGGACCGUGCUGUCAGCCAACAGGAUAGUCACAGUGAGAAGGAGACGGCAUCCCUGGCCCCGGAGACAGAGCCAGAGCCAGGGGCCCAGCCUCGGCCCGCUGUGUUAUCUGGUUACUUCAAACAGUUUCAGAAAUCUUUGCCACCUCGCUUCCAGCGGCAGCAGGAGCAGAUGAAGCAGCAGCAGUGGCAGCAACAGCAGCAGCAGCAGCAGGCACUUCCGCAACCGGUUCCCUCUCAGCCAGCAGGGGGCACUGUGCCCCCACACAGACCUCUCUACCAGACAAUGCAGCCACACCCUCAGCAUCUAGCUUCCAUGGGUUUUGACCCACGGUGGCUUAUGAUGCAAUCGUACAUGGAUCCUCGAGUGAUGUCAGGGAGACCCGCUAUGGACAUGCCGCCCAUCCAUCCUGGAAUGAUGCCCCAGAAGCCACUGCUGAGACGAGAUCAGGUAGAAGGGUCCCCAAAUGGUGCUGAGUCAUUUGAACACAUGGCACGCUCAGCACGAGAUCGAAUUGUCUCCCUCUCUGAGCCUCGGACUAUGUGGAGUGCCGAGCCCCAGCAGGCCACUGCUUCUAAGGCCCCGGAAGAAACUGAAGAUGGAAGGCCUGAAGUGCCUCUGGAACCAGAGCAGAGGGCUGCUACUCCUGCUGCUGAACGAGGUCCCGCAGAGAUGCCUUCCAAAGCCAAGUUCAGCCGUGAGUCUGAGACAGAAGCUCGGGAGCUUCUAGGCAGAUCUGUGGAGGAUUUGAGGCCAUACCCAGUGGAGCCUACCGAUCAGCCUGCUGUUCCAGAUGUAUCUGACUCAAAGUCUGUCUCCACCCCAGAGGAACGGGCUCCAGCUGGGGAGAUCCAGCCUCCCCGGAAAAGGAGUGUUUCCCACGGGCCUAGCCAACCCCCAAAGCCUGAAGAGCAAAGAAGUGAGCCGCAGCCUAACAUUCCCAGAGCAGCUAGCAGAUGCCUUGAUGCAAAAGAACCAGCAGAGAGGCCAGAAGAAAAACCCAAGAAGGACAGCUACAUGCGAACUUUGGAAGGACCAAAACCAGAAAAACUGUAUAAACCCAAAUCAGAAACUCGGUGGGGCCCACGGCCAGGCUCUAACAGAAGAGACGAAGGGGGUGACCGACCAGUUAGGCGGUCAGGGCCCAUUAAAAAGCCCAUUCUACGAGACAUGAAGGAGGAACGCGAGCAGAGGAAGGAGAAGGAUGUAGAAAAGGUUGAGAAAGGCUCUGAGAAAGCUGCCAGGCCUGAGAAGAUGAUGGAGAAGAAAGACCCACUCCCGUCUGCCCUGCCUCCUGCUGCUGCGGUUCCACAGCCCCCAGCAGUUCCAGCAUCAGCCCAGCCAGAUCCCGAGAAACCUCCUCCUACAGAUGUGGUUUCUGCAUCUCCAAAGCCCUCUCCUGAGACAGAGAAGACCCCUGAAUCUGUGAGCAGUGCUGAGGCUCAGCCUGCAACCAAAAGUCUGAGCCAACCAGCAGCCACAGCCACAGCAGCCAAAGAAGAAAAAGCAGCUGGGAAAGUGAAUGGCAAAGAGCUGGUCCCAGAGAGACCACGCCCUGAUACUCGGCCUGUACUCAGAAAGGACUCAGCCUACCCCCCACGCACCUACUGGAAGGACACUCGUGAGAGGGACUGGUUCCCUGAGCAGGGCUACCGGGGUCGGGGCCGCGGCGAGUACUACUCCAGGGGCCGCAGCUAUCGAGGCUCCUAUGGGGGGCGUGGCCGGGGGGGCCGGGGCCACCCCCGAGAGUUUCCCCACUACAGGGACAAUAAGCCCAGGCCAGAGCCUGGGCCCCCAGGGCCUCUUAGGCCUCGUGAAGAAAGUGAGACACGGAGUGAGAGCUCUGAUUUUGAGGUCGUUCCCAAAAGGCGCCGCCAGCGUGGGUCUGAGACAGAUACCGACAGUGAUGUUCAUGAGAGCACCAGUGACAGGGACAGUGUUAGCAAAGGCAAAGUCCCCAGGAGAGAGGAGCGGCCUGAUGCCAAGAAGCCCCUGAAGCUGCCACCUGCCUUCAAGCCCGAGACUCAUGGGCGCCCCGAGAAUAGGCCUCUGGAGAAGCCCUAUGUGCGGGAUGAUGAGAAGCCCAAACCUGGCUUCCUGCCCAAAGGGGAGCCCACACGCAGGGGCCGUGGUGGCACCUUUAGGCGCGGGGGCCGGGACCCCGGGGGCCGUCCCACACGCCCCACCACCCUGCGCAGGCCUGCAUAUCGGGACAACCAGUGGAACCCCAGACACGUGGAGGUGCCGAAGACGGAGGAAGGGGAGCUGCUCCGGAGGCAUGAGCAGUUCACCCCCAUGCCAGCUGAUAAACGGCCUCCAAAGUUUGAGCGCAAGUUUGACCCUGCCAGAGAGAGGCCCCGCCGGCAGCGUCCUACCCGGCCUCCCAGGCAAGAUAAACCUCCUCGCUUCAGGCGACUGCGGGAGAGGGAGGCCGCCUCCAAAAGUAGCGAGGUGGCAGUGCCUGGCACCAGCCCUGCAGGCACCUCAGCUCCAGAACCUGUGAAUACGGUUGGGGAGACCUCUGGGAAUAAGACACCAGACUUGUCCAACCAGAACUCCUCCGACCAGGCAAAUGAGGAAUGGGAAACAGCGUCUGAGAGCAGCGAUUUCAAUGAGAGACGUGAGCGGGACGAGAAAAAGAAUAAUGCAGAUUUGAAUGUUCAGGUGGCUACCAAGGCCGGAGAGAGUGCCCUACCCACCAAGCGGGAGAUAGCCAAGAGAAGCUUCUCAAGCCAGAGGCCUGGCAUUGAUCGGCAGAACCGGCGUGGCAACGGUGGCCCACCCAAGUCAGGCCGGAAUUUCUCAGGUCCCAGGAAUGAGAGGAGAAGCGGCCCACCAGUUAAGGGUGGAAAGAGAGGGCCUGUGGAUGACCAUGUCACCAGCAUGUCCAGUACUGAUCCCUCCAAUGGCUCCUCCUCUGCACACCACCAGGAAGGGCCACCUAAUAGUGCAGGACAGAAGAGCUCCAAAGAGUCUGCGGGGAAAAAGAGGGAGGACCCCAAACCAGGCCCCAAAAAGCCCAAAGAGAAAGUCGAUGCACUGUCACAAUUUGAUCUCAACAAUUAUGCAAGUGUUGUGAUCAUUGAUGACCACCCUGAAGUGACGGUUGUUGAAGACCCCCAGUCAAAUCUUAAUGAUGAUGGCUUUACAGAAGUGGUGUCCAAAAAACAGCAGAAACGGUUACAGGAUGAGGAGCGCCGGAAAAAGGAAGAACAGAUCGUACAGGUCUGGAACAAAAAGAACACAAAUGAAAAAGGCAGAAGUCAGACUUCUAAGCUACCACCGAGAUUUGCCAAGAAACGGGCUACCGGGAGCCACCCAGCUCCAGCAGGGGCCUCUGCUCCUGCUCCUCCAUCCACCUCGCCCUCAGCCCUGGCUCCAGCGCCACUUCUCACAGCCUCCACAGCAGCCCCCGCCGCACUGCCUGCCCUUACCUCUCCUGCUACUACCCCCGUGCCUCCGGCCACCUCAGCCACGGCCGCACCCACAACUCCCUCAGUACCAGCUCCAACACCCAUCCUAGCUGCAGCUUCCCCACCAGCUCCAGUCUCUGUCCUGGCCACAGCCCCAGUACCUGUCCUUGCUUCUGCCCUUGCACCUGCCCUUGUACCAGCUUCACCUUCAAUCUCGGCCCCAACCAGUACAGCUCCAGCAGCCCCAUCCAGUUCAGCUCCUACUACCUCCACCUCCCCAACACCCUCUUCAGCCCCCACCUCUGGCCCUUUACCCAGCCCAGCUCCCCUGAUCCCAGCCCAGACUCCGGGACAGGCUCACAAGCCAGCCCAGAGCUCACUGCCAGCAGCAGCGCCUCCUGCAAAGCAGCCACCACCGUCCAUUCGCCUCCCUUCAGCUCAGGCCUCAAACGGCACAGACUUCGGAGCAUCAGGAAAACCUCUCCAGGCUCCACAGUCGCACAGCACUCUGGCUGCUGAGUUGUGGGACAACAAGGUGGCCCCUCCAGCCGUGUUGAAUGACAUUUCUAAGAAAUUAGGUCCCAUCAGCCCACCUCAGGCACCUUCAGUCAGCGCCUGGAAUAAACCCCUGACAUCAUUCACAUCAACGGCUUCAGCAGAGGGAACAAAGAAUGGUCCAGAAAGUGGAGUGGAAAUUGGAAUGGAUACAAUUCAGUUUGGUGCUCCAGCUUCAAAUGGGAAUGAAAACGAAAUUGUCCCUGUGCUUUCGGAAAAGACCAUGGACAAAAUCCCUGAACCUAAAGAACAGCGGCAGAAGCAGUCCCGGGCUGGCCCUAUUAAAGCCCAAAAGCUUCCAGAUUUGAGUCCUAUAGAAAACAAAGAACAUAAGCCUGGUCCUAUUGGAAAGGAGCGCUCGUUAAAAAAUAGAAAAGCAAAAGAUAUACAGCAGGUGGAGCCAGAUGGGCAGGAGAAGCCCAGCCCAGGUCCUGUCCGAACUGCUGACCCAGUGCUGACAAAAGAAACCAAAGCCACCCCAGAGAUGCCUGCGGAGCUUGGCUCCAUGAUAUCUGUCCCUGCAGCAGACUACGGCACAGGCGCUAAGGAGUCUGUAACCGACUAUACUACACCUUCCUCUUCUCUGCCUAACACUGUGGCUACUAAUAAUGCAAAGAUGGAGGAGACUUUGGUUACUAAUGUGCCCCUGCCCAACACCCUUCCCCUCCCUAAGAGGGAGACUGUACACCCGAGCUCCAGCCUCACUUCAGUUCCUCCCACUACUUUCAGCCUCACCUUCAAGAUGGAAUCUGCACGCAAGGCCUGGGAAAACUCACCAAAUGUGCGGGACAAAGGCUCUCCUGCCACGUCUGCUGUGCCGCACAGCGCCAGCGGGCCCAGCAGCAGCACCAGCGCGCCCAGCCCUAGCAGCUACAGCUCUUUCUCCAGUGCAUCGGUGCCCCCAAUUCCUGUGGCCUCCGUCACACCUACAGCAUGUCUCUCAGGCGCUGGUACCUACACUACCUCCUCUUUGAGUACAAAGUCCACAACCACAUCAGAUCCACCCAACAUCUGCAAGGUGAAGCCGCAGCAGUUGCAGACCAGCAGUCUGCCCUCAGCCAGCCACUUUGCGCCACUGGGCUGUGUGCCACCCCUUCUCCCACAACAGCAGCAGGCGGCCCAGGUCUAUGUGCCACAAUCAGCCGCAGCUCAGAUCCCGGCUUUCUACAUAGGUGACACAAGUCACUUAUUCAACACACAGCACGCCAGGCUGGGCCCACCAUCCCUGGCUCAGCAGCAGGGCUUCCAGCCAGGCCUUUCCCAGCCGGCGUCUGUGCAGCAGAUCCCCAUCCCUAUCUAUGCUCCAUUGCAAGGUCAGCAUCAGGCCCAACUGAGUUUGGGGGCCGGCCCUCCUGUUUCCCAGGCCCAAGAGCUGUUCAGUUCUUCGCUUCAGCCAUACAGGUCCCAGCCGGCCUUCAUGCAGAGCGGCCUAUCACAGCCGUCCGUGGUCCUUUCUGGCACUGCCAUUCAUAACUUCCCUGCUGUCCAGCAUCAGGAGUUAGCCAAGGCCCAGUCGGGUCUUGCCUUUCCACAGACAUCAAGCACACAGCCGAUUCCUAUUCUGUAUGAGCACCAGCUGGGUCAGGCGUCGGGUCUCGGAGGGUCACAGCUGAUCGAUACGCACCUUCUCCAGGCUAGAGCGAAUCUUACCCAGGCUUCGACACUUUAUUCCGGACAAGUCCAACAGCCUGGUCAGACCAAUUUCUACAACACUGCCCAGUCCCCGAGUGCUCUCCAGCAGGUAAACUAUGGCAUGGUCACGGUGCCUCUGCCAGCGUCCCAGCUUUCCUUGCCCAAUUUCGGAUCCACAGGGCAGCCCCUAAUUGCGCUGCCUCAGGCCAUGCAGCCCCCGUUGCAGCACACAGCCCCAGCCGCCCAACCUCAAAGCGUGAGCCGCCCUGCUCAAGUGAGCCAGCCAUAUCGGGGGCUGAUCCCCGCCGGGCCGCAGCACAGUAUAAUGGCAGCCCCAGGAAAGAUGUCCGACAUGGACCUAAAAGCCUUCGGGAGUGGCAUGGACAUGAAGCCAGGCACGCCUCCUGUCAGUGGCAGAAGCGCCGCCGCCGCCUCCAGUCCCUUUCGGGCUACUUCCACAAGUCCGAACAGCCAGUCCGGCAAAAUGAGCGGCCUUGUCUAUCAGAAGCAGUUCCAGUCAGCCCCUGCCACUGUGAGAAUGACCCCGCCAUUUCCUACACAGUUUGCACCCCAGAUUCUCUCUCAGCCUAACCUGGUCCCUCCAUUGGUAAGAGCCCCACAUACUAACACCUUCCCAGCACCUGUGCAGCGGCCACCAAUGGCCCUGGCCAGUCCGAUGCCUCCUCCGCUCACCACAGGCCUCAUGAGCCAUGCUCGUUUGCCACACGUAGCUGGGGGCCCUUGUGGAGCCCUGUCUGGAGUCAGAGGUAAUCAGGCCCAGGCUGCGCUGAAGGCUGAACAGGACAUGAAGGCCAAGCAGAGAGCAGAGGUUCUUCAGUCCACGCAGCGCUUCUUCUCCGAGCAGCAGCAGAGCAAACAGAUAGGUGGGAAAGGCCCCAAAGUGGACAGUGACACGAGCAAAGCCCCGGAAGCACUGGCCGAGCCCCCAGGAGUUUGUCAGGAGAAAGUGGAGGAAAAGCUACCCCCAGCGCCUGCCAUAGCUGCCAAGCCUGUUCGAACUGGACCAAUUAAACCUCAGGCCAUCAAAGCUGAGGAGACAAAAUUGUAGAGGGCCCAGGGAGAGGAGCAGUGGGAAGGGAAGGAGUGUGGACAACUCAGAGGCUCUGCUCAGAGGACAUGCUGUCACCUCUCUGUUCCCGGCCUCAGGUCCUCUGGUUCUCCGGCAGCACAUCACCUGCACCAGAUCUAGACCCAGGCUAUUAACGGAGAAAUAUGGCCCUGUAAGGGCAAGGGGAGCUGUUCCUGACACAGCAGCUUGUUCCUAUGACCCAUAAGGGGUCGCACACAAUCAAACUGCGUGGCCCCCUUCCCAAGGACGGGGAUUGCCCCUGAGCAACCUCCACUUGGGCCUGUGGUGUUGGACGCUGCCUGGACACCUUGGCCACCCCGGAACUGAUUGUUAGGUGCUGGGCAGGCUGGGCCUUGCUGCCUCCACUCGGUUAUCUUUGGACGAAUCCAGUGGCAGGUUUCUGUGUGUUUCUUUUUUUUUUUUUUUUUUUUUUUUUUGGUUCUUUUUCCUUUUUUGCUUUUGCCCUUUUUUUAAAAAAAAAACACACACGGUUCUCAGCUGACGUUCAUAUGGGCAUUGGGCACUGGCUGUGUCAACGAGCAGAAACCUUGUCUGUGAAGGCACCUUUCUUCACCACAGCCGCAGUGCUAGCCCGUGGUCCUCUGCCAGAUGCAUAGAAUCAAGUCUCCAAUAAUGCCUUGAAUUGUACCCUCUAGUAGUGUAGCCUUGGACCCCCUUUCUGUGUCACCCCUCUGUGAAUGUCAAGUCCCGUGGACCUGCUUUAUGACCUGACAGUGACAGUGCUUUAUUAAAGCUGUUUGUAAUGACGUUAUUCUAGAAUGUUUUCUUCCAGAUGAUGAUUGAGAAGCUAAUAAUUUUUUUUAAAUGGUGCCAGGUACCACAACAGUGACAGAACUUUGCUGUUUUCUGGGGGUUGUUUUUUUACCUUUAUUCCCUUUUUUUAAUGGGGUGUGCUGAUGUGUAUGAUUCGUUCAGAAGACUGCAGAAUCUGGAAACGCUGUUGCUGCUAUUGAUGCAUAACUUACUGCUAUUGGUCUUUUUAUAUAAAUAAAUAUAUAUACAUAUAUAUAUAUAAUUUGAAUUUUUUGGAAACUAGCUGUGCCGUCAACUUUGGAAAAAGUAUCCCAGUUGUACCGUGUUGGGUUGGCAUUGUACAGAGAUUAACAGCCAUAUUGGUCUAGAAACGUUGAGUAUCAUUUUUUUUCCAUUUGUACAGGGGUUAACGCACUGUAUUAAAUAUGUAAGGUCUUAUCUACGUGGGUUUGAUUACAGAAACUAAUAAAGUAUUCUCUAAAUAAUGCA